AUGUCUCUCGCUAUCCACGCCAACUUCUUCCUAUCACCCCUCUUCUAUCUCGCCUUCAUCCCUUUCAUCUACCUACUCCGCAAACCCUUUCUUCGCCUGAUUACACCCCGCGGGAUCCCUGGUAUCCCUACUCUACCCAGCCCAGCUCCUCUCACUGGAGAUAUACCAUGGCUGGCCAAGACGGGCAAGACGACCGAGGGGAUGACGCGAAUCAUGGACGUCGUUGCGAAGGAGCUCGGACCUAUUGCGCAGAUCAGGAUCAGCUUUCUCGAUACGCUGGUCGUGGUGAUGGACUAUCAAGAGAUCGAGUCGAUCCUCCAGGUCCGACAUGCCGAAUUCGACCGUGGAGAGAAUACAGCUCGAGUCUUCCGGCACCUACUUCCCACAGGCCAGAUCUCGCAGAUCACCGGACCUAUGUGGAAGCACCACAGGCGUAUCAUAGGGCCAGCAAUGACGAGCAAACACCUCUCCCUCACUACGCCGAGAGCCAAUGAGGCCGUCAAAAACCUGAUCGACCUCUUCAAGCUCAAGGCGGACAAGGCGGAGGGGCGAAGCUUUGUGGCUGAGGGCGAUAUGGAGAGCGCAACUAUGGACGCAAUCUGCGGGAUGGCGUUCGGUGCGUCGUGGGACAUCCUCGAUGGGUUCAAGGAGCAGAUCCAGUCGGUCGAGUCGGUUCCUACGGGACCUCUUGGCGAUGCUGUCUUCAAGACGACCAGACCAGGGAUCGCCGACUCUACUUGGCAUCUCUUCGAAUCCCUCCCGCUCACUUCGCCGUUCCCCGCCAUCAGCCACUUCUUCACCUCGCUCUCCCCUACACACCGCCGGCAUACCCGUAAUGUCCAAUCGUAUCUCCAGAAUCGACUGGCGGAGAGCCGCAAGAAGACCAAGUCUAUAGGUCCCGAGGCGGCGGUGGAGAUGGCGGACAACACUCUGGAUAUGAUGGUCGCUAGGGAGUUCAGGGCGGAGGACUGGAUGCCGGAUAAUGAGAUGAUUGACGAGGUGCUACAGUACCUUGUCGCUGGAACUGAGACGUCCGGUGUUACUCUCACAUGGUUCCUCAAGUACAUGACGAACAACCCCUCUGUACAGCGCAAGCUUCGAGACCACGUCCUCACACGCAUGCCAGAACUCCAAGAUCGUCAGCCUACCUUUGAGGACCUGAAUGCUGCCAAUCUGCCGUAUCUCGAGGCUGUCGUGUUCGAGUCGUUGCGCCUCUCACGCACUGCCGGAGGCUAUGUCCGUCAGGCAAAGCAGGACGUCGUCGUUCUGGGUCAUCGGAUUCCGAAGGGCACCACCGUGAUCUUCACCACCGCCACCGGUACAGAAGAUGCCUCAACUCCCCAGACCGAGCAGCUCGCAGAUGUACGGUACGACCCCUCAGUCAAGCGGAAAGUAGGGUACUGGACCCCUGGUACUGGCCACGUCUUCGACCCGGAGCGGUGGAUGACCGACAAGGGGGAGUUUGAUCCGUAUGCUGGACCCAGUCUGCCAUUCUCGCUCGGACAGCGAGGGUGCUUCGGGAAGAAUUUGGCUUUGCUCGAAUUGCGGCUGUUCAUGGUUCAACUCAACCUCGCCUUCUUCUUUGGCCGAGUUCCGGACGCGUUGAACUCGAUGGCGGUAUUCGAAACGGUCGCUUCGCAUCCUAGGCAGAGUUAUAUCCGACCUAUGAGCUGGGAGACGGCAGAAGCUCAGGCAUAG